CCGAAAAUUUACCGUCAUCUUGGACGGUCAAACGAGUUGACUAACGAUCAACGGGCCAUGUCACCGCGAAAUCAGCAUCUUUCACUUAAAAAAAUUUAUAUUUUCCAUCUAUUAAUAUUUAUAUUUUCCAUUUUGAAUAAAAAAAUGAAUUUAUGGUCUCCUCUCAUCAAAAAUCCAUGGUCCAGGAAACCGGAUAGUACCGGCCGGUUCAACCGGAAACCGGACAGAAAACGAAACGACAUGCAAUCUAUGGAAGAAAAAGCGUCUCGGCCUAUUUUUCGGUAUAAAAGGUUCAAUCCGGAAUUUCGUCCGAUAUUGAACAAACCGGCGGUUCUAUGGUAACAAGUCAAAGAUGUCGUUUCAGAUUUUAAGCAAACGAAAAUGGGGGAAACCUAAAUCAGGAGAGGAGCAAAACCCUAAUCCAUUCAAUUCAAUCUCAAUUCUUGACCUGCCUCCUCUGACCUCUCCACUCCAUCGUCAACUCGCACCUCUUCAUGUGAGAUUGAGGCCCCCAUCAUUCUCCACUCCAUUGUCCAGCUCGAGCAGAGUUAUCCAGGCUCCCUCUCUUUUCCCGAGUCCAGGCCGAGGUCGCCGAUCUUCACCCGUCCACCGUCGUUUAAGAAGAUGAAGAGAACGAAAGAGACCGAUGAUGAGAUCGGGGAGAAGAAGAGAGAUAAAGGAAAAUAAUCAGAGGUGGGAGAGCGAGAAAUAGGCGUGUGGGACAGAAAGAUCAAAGUAAAGAAAGUAAUAAAAAAAAGAUGGGGAGAGAGUUGGAGGUAUGAGUAAUUUGCAGAGUGAAAGGGAGUUGAGCGGCGCCUAGGGUUUCUCUAGGUGUCCAUGGCCUUUUUUUUAUAUUAUGGAGUGGGCCUCAUUAUUAAUUUAUUAUAUGAUUAUUUAAUAUUUAUUGUCCGGUGUUUUCGGUAUAAUCCGAUAUUACUUCGAAAUGGUACUCUAAUUUUGCCGGCUUGGUUUUUGAUAAAAAAAAUAAUUUAUUAUUACAAAAAUGGUAUUUACCGGUAUGAAACGAUUGAACCACGGUCGUUUACAAAAUACCCUACCAGAAAGAAAUCCGAUAUGAUGUCCGAUACUAUUUCAUUUCAUGAACCAUGCAAAAAUCACAAAAUCACAUCCUACAGUCUGCGGCAUUUCAAUCCUUCCCAUUCUGCAACCGCCCCGGCACUCUCCUCCGCCACCGAGGCUCACACCACCGCCGACAAGAAUGUCGGGUCGUGCCUGGAGGAACUGGCUUCAACGCCAGUGCACCCGUCGGCCGCCGCAGAGUCUCCUCCCACAUAAUUUUGGUCGGUUCUAGGGAUUUUCGUGUGUGGCUUGCGAUGAGAAUGGAUUGGAUCCCUUUUGAUUUGCAGACCGAGAGAGAAUAAGAAUAUGGAUUUUGAGAAUGGGCUGGUUCUGUUUGGUCUUCAUGAGUUGUCCUUGGAUCCCGUUGUCGCCACUCUCUCCUUCCUCUACCUAUCUAGGUUCGGCAGGAGAUCUGCAACCCUUGAUUUUGUCGGAGCGGCGCAAUGGCGUUGCAGUUUCACUAUCAACAUUUAGUCACCUCCAGAUCUACAACCCCCUGAUUUCCAUUCUCAAUUUCCCCAAUUGCUUCCAAGAAGAGUUACUGAAGGGGAUUAAGAUGGCGGCAGGGUGAAGAGUAUAAGGGAACUGGAUCGAUUUAGGGAGAGGGGUGGAUUACGAUGGCGACAGCGAGUUUAGAAGAACGCCUGCCGCUGCAUUUUCGUCGGAUGAGGCAGGAAGAUCGCCGUCGAGAAGAAAGGUGAAAGCGAGGGGCGGCGGUUUUUUUGUGUGGUUGGGAUUAAGGAUAUUUGGAUAAGUGGAUGGUAGGGUUAGUGAAGGGGAAAAGAAAAUUCAUUUUUUAAUUUUUUAAUUCAAAAUGGAAAAAAUAAAUAAUAGGUGGAUAAUAUAAAAAAAUUAAGUGAAAGGUGCUAAUUUGGCGGUGACGUGGGGCGUUGACCGUCCAAGAUAGCUGUCAAUUUUUGGAUUUGGCCAAUUUCGUUACUUUGGUAUAUAGUUUAGGCCAUAAUAUUAUAGAUCGAAAAAAUUUGUCAAAAUGUUUAUUAUGUGAAAAUUUCAGGGCAUACAAAUAUAUUAAUCCAAUCAUAUAUUUUAACCUUUCUUUGUUCAUAAAAUUGAGGAGAAUCCCUCAUUUCAUAUCUUUACCACCACAAGUCCACAACUCUCUUUGCUUUUGAUUUGAUUGGGCCGGUAGUGUCUGUAGUAUAUCUUUGGAUGGGGAGGGGACAUUUAGUAUAUUUUCAAUGACAAUGGGGCGGGCGGUACGCCGGUACCUCAACAUCCAUGUCCCUUCCUAUACUAUCACGUGUUGGGCGGGUAAAACCCGUACGGAUACGAAUCGGAUCGACCCACUCUCACAUGAUAUUUGGAAAAAAUAGACGCAAAUUUUACUUUUUAUGAUAAAAUAAAGGGGAAAACACUUUAUGGAUUAAAAUGUGGUAACAGAACGAGUAAUUGAGCCUAACAAGUUGAAAGAUCGACUCUAACUAGUUGAACAAAAAAGACAAAAAAGGAGAAAUAUGUAUAGGUAAUGUGAGAAAUUGAGAUAAAAUGGGUGAACAACGAGGCGGGGGCAGAGCGAUGCGGAAGAAGAUACCCAUACCUUGCCCCCGCUACUGUAGGUCGGGUAAUACCCGCCCCAUAGCAGGUCAGAUCUGGUAAUAACUGAGGGGCAGGUUCAAAUUGCCAAUACUAGUUUCAUUUGCUUUUUUGCUUUUCGUUAUUGUGCAUGGCUUGUCUUUAUUUGAUUUGUUUGGAUAUUGGUGUGCAAUGUAGUCAAAAGCACGUUUUUAUGUAGAACUGUUUUGGUGAUCUAGAAGUGUAAAACCGUAAACUUUUAAGCGUAUUUUUAACAACAUUAGUUAUAAAAACUACGAUUGUGCGUAGAAGCAUUCUAAGGUUUGGUUGUCAGUAGUUCACAAAUGGUUGCGUCUUGUUUAUUUUUAAAGAGAAUAUACGACUUUUGGGAUAUUAAUACAAACGGAAGAAUUGAGGUAGGCCAAGUCGAGCGAGAGACGUUAAUUUGACUAGCUAGGGGUUGCAACAAGACUACUUCAAUGCCAUUUCAAUAUAAGUACAUUAUUGUUGGGAUGUCUGUGAUUAGGGCUGGGAGAACAAACCAGACCGUUAGAAAAAUCGUAGACCAUUAAUUAUGGUCUGGUUUGGUCUAUGGUCUGUAUUAUUUUAUGUUUUGAUCUCUUGGUCUGGUCUGGGUUAGACCGCAGUUUACCGGACCAAACCGUAGAGGCGUGGACCCACCGACUUGUCAAUACGUGUUAACAACCCAUUUGACCACUCUCCCAACUCCCACAGGCCACAACGACACCCAAGUCUCAACCUUAAUUUUGUGAAUCUCGUCUCUCCUUCAUUCACAACCAUAUUUAACCAGAGAGUAGAGAUAAUCAUGUCUCAAUAUGACAUUAUGUUAAUGUUCUAUGAUGUUAUUGUGCAAGUUGAGAUGCUUUUACUUCAAAUCUUUGUUAUGUACUAAGAAUUAGGGUACCAAAAUUAUUCAUGCAUGUUAGGAUUAAUGUUUUAAGGCAAAUAACAAUUAUUUUUCUUGGUUAUUGGUUCAAGUUUUUGUGUGGUUGACGAAACAAAUUGUUCAUUUUUCGUUGAGUGUGGUGUAUCUAGACCAGACCAGACCAGGCCGAACCAAACCGCACAGACGUAGUUUGGAUCGGACCGUAUAGUCUAUGGUCUGGUAUAUGGUCUAUACUUCAGCCUCUCGGUCUGGACCAUAGACCGUGUAUAUGAUCUGGUCUGGACCAGACCGCACCGUUUUCUAACCCUAUCUGUGAUGUGAGUGGGUUUGAAAGGAAGCUGAGUUUUCAGUACUAAAAAGUAGAUUAAUAAUCACAGAAAAAUGUUCCUGUAAUUAAUUGUAUAAUUUCAGUAAAGAAAAUUAUUUUUCUGUUUUUUUAUUCUUUAUUUCUCACAAUUAAUAUUAUUCAUUGCUAGUUCCCAUGAAAAAUUUGUCAAUUUGACUUUAACAAAAAUUUAUCAUACUAUAGGAGGGAGAGUUUCCUUUGACUCUAAACUCUAUUUGGAAAGAGGGGUAAAUUAAAUGGGAUAAAUCGCAGGCAGGGGCUACUGACAUUUUCGAGAAACUUACUCUAUAUAGUUAUUUUUUUAAUAGUAGUAGAGAUGGGUAUAGUAGGUGCAAGUUUACUACUAGAGCCACCAUUAGGGUGCAAAUUAAGAAGAAACAACUGAUGAGGCCCAACGCGGGUCUCAAAGGAAUCAAAGUUGCGCAGAAGCUAGAUCAAGCAAGACCCUUGAUCUCAAGUAGAGCCGAGCUCAAGAACCUACUCGAUUUAAGCGGAUUCAAACUCGAAAUUGGAUGGAUCGAAAGGGAAUCCUUACACCUGAAAGGAUGCACGAUCGAGUAGUGAAGCUUUCGAUGUGAACGAGUGUGUUUGCUCGUUCAAUAAGCCGGCCAACAAACUUUGAUCGCAAUCAAAGCCAACUCAAACUCUCAAACUCUUAAGCUUGGGAAUUAGGAUAAAAACUUAAUUCAAUU